AUGCCCGUCCCACCACAAGCCCAAAAAGUAUUGGAUGACAUCGACAAGCAACUUCAUGAGCCAAGCACAGUCACCAAUGUGUUGGCUACCGUAGAAAGCAAGACUGGUGUCAAGCGUCUUCACCUCGUACUCGGAGUCGUCGCCCUCCAAGCCUUGUACCUCGUAUUCGGACACUCUGCUCAGCUUGUCUGCAACAUCAUGGGAUUCGUCUACCCAGCAUACAUGAGCAUCAAAGCUAUCGAGUCGAGUAACAAAGAGGAUGACACCCAAUGGUUGACCUAUUGGGUUGUUUUCGCCAUUCUCUCCGUUCUCGAGUUCUUCUCCGUUCAAAUCGUCGCUGUCUUCCCAGUAUACUGGCUCUUCAAGUCUCUCUUCCUUCUCUAUCUUUACCUUCCAACCUUCCUCGGAGCUACCAAACUUUACCACAGAUUUGUUAAGCCAAUUGCUGCCAGACACUCUGGAUCCAUCGACGCCAAGAUCGGAAACUUUGCUGAUAGAGUCAACAGUGCUGCCGGAAAGCUCGCCAACGAAGUUCGCGAUCACAUCGAAUAA